CCCCCCUCACCAGUUAAUAAUUCGUCUUACAAUUAUAAUUUCACAAGGCUAUAUCAUAUAAAAAUACAAAACCAACCCAUUUGUCUUCGUCCCCCCUAAUAAAUUAUUAAUUCCCAUCAUCAAACUCUACCAUCAUCACCAACAAGAACGAGAGAGGAAGAGAGAGAGAGAGGGAAGAGGAGAACAAGAGAAGAAAUCUCGAAGAGUAACCGAGAAGAGAUCGAAGAGAAGAGAGAGAGAGAGAGAGCGAGAGAGAGAGAGAGACUUUUCGUGGGGCAGGUGCCGAAGCACAUGACGGAGGAGCAGCUCCUCGAGAUGUUCAGGGAGGUCGCGCUCGUCGAUGAGGUCAACAUCAUCAAGGACAAGGCCACCAAGGUCUCCCGAGGUUGCUGCUUCUUGAUCUGCCCGUCGAGGCAGGAGGCCGACAAGGCGGUCACCGCCUGCCACAACAAGCGCACGCUCCCGGGUGCUUCUAGUCCAUUGCAAGUGAAGUAUGCAGAUGGUGAACUGGAAAGACUAGAACACAAACUUUUCAUCGGUAUGCUUCCGAAGAAUGUAUCUGAAGCUGAAGUUUCUGCUUUGUUUUCAACAUAUGGUAACAUUAAGGACCUACAAAUCUUAAGAGGUCCCCAACAAACAAGCAAAGGCUGUGCCUUUUUGAAGUAUGAAACUAAAGAUCAAGCUCUUGCAGCACUCGAGGCCUUAAAUGGGAAAUACAGAAUGGAGGGUUCAAGCAUGCCUUUGGUUGUUAAAUGGGCUGACACAGAGAAGGAAAGGCAAGCCCGGAGGGCACAGAAAGCUCAAUCUCAGGCCUCAAAUCAUCCAAAUACCAAUUCAAUACAGCACCCUUCAUUAUAUGGAGCUUUACCAAUGGGAUACAUUCCUCCAUAUAAUGGAUUUGGCUAUCAGCCAACUGGAACUUAUGGACUCAUGCAAUACCCUUUAGCUUCAAUGCAAAAUCAAGCUGCCUUCAAUAAUAUGGUUCCUCCUGUUAAUCAAGGAAAUACGGUACAUGGAAUUAGUCCAGAUCUUUCCCCAGGCACGGUGCCCAGGAAUUUUGCCACAAUGCAAUCUGCCGGCUACAUGGGGUCGGCAUAUCCUGCCAUGCCAGGUGUUCAAUACCCUCUAGCCUAUCCAAGUGGUAUGAUGAGCCACAGGCCUUUUGGAAACUCCCAUGCACCAGUCCAACAGGUAAACAUGAAUAGUAAUCCAGCAUCAUCUUCAAGCACCAGUACGAGUUCGGGGGGUCAGGUAGAAGGUCCUCCCGGAGCUAAUUUAUUUAUAUAUCAUAUCCCCCAAGAAUUUGGCGACCAGGAGCUUUCAAAUGCCUUUCAGGGAUUUGGAAGGGUUUUGAGCGCUAAAGUUUUUGUUGACAAGGCAACUGGUGUUAGUAAAUGCUUCGGUUUUGUAAGUUAUGACUCUCCUGUAGCUGCUCAGGCUGCCAUCAAUGCAAUGAAUGGUUCUCAGUUAGGUGGUAAAAAGCUUAAGGUACAACUUAAGAGAGACAAUAAGCAGCGCAAACCUUACUGAUGCUGGAAGCUAUUUGCAAGGAAACAAAAUUUCCUACAUUAUCUGGUCCCUUGCAGUUUCAGAGUUUUAUGACUGCAAAAUCAGGAAUUUAGUACAAGGUGGAUGGAAGAAAAUUGAUCAUCUUAUGCUUUGCUCCAUCCCAUCUUGUCUGAAGGUGGGGACACGUAGCUUCUUUUCUAUUCAAAUUCUUGACAUUUGUUACACUUGAUGUAUUCUAUUCAGCAUAUUUGUAAUUUUUGUAUCAUGAAUUUUUCAUUAGACAUCAGCAAUUAAAUUCAUUUGAUUCCCUCA